AUGUCCUCCCUGCUCUUUCCUCACACCCUCUGGGUCCUGCUGCACGUCUGCAUCUCUGCCGUGCACUCGGCAAAAUGUCCACAGCAGUGCGUUUGUGACCAGAUCCAGCUCACCGUGACCUGCGUCAACAAGAACCUGACCCAAGUUCCUCCUACUGUUGACGAGAUCACAGUGAAAUUGGAUCUUCGAGGCAACGACAUCCAGGAGCUUCCCACUGGGGCUUUCAAACACACUCCCUACCUCACCCACCUGUCGAUGCAGCGCUGUAACAUCCGCAGGGUGAAGGAGGGGGCUUUCCGUGGCCUUGGUCGCCUGGUCUUCCUCAACCUGGCCAACAACAACAUUGACAUCCUCUACCAGGAGUCGUUCGAUGGUCUGUCCUCGCUGAAGCAGCUCAUGAUUGACCGUAACCGUGUGGAGGAGAUCCAGCCCGGAGCUUUCUCUCAGCUGGGCUUCCUCAACCUGCUCUCCAUCACACACAACCAGCUGGUCUACAUCCCCAACAUGGCCUUCCAGGGCUUGCAGAACAUCAAGUGGCUUCGUCUCAGUCACAACUCUCUGAACUAUCUGGACAUCGAGGCCUUUGCUGGUCUGUUCACGCUCACACGACUCAGUCUGGACCACAAUGAGCUGCAGUUCUUCCCCACUGAGACCAUGACCAGACUGCCAGAAGUGACUCGUCUUGAUCUGGGCUACAACCCCAUGACGUACCUGGGAGAGGACGCGGUGUCUAUGGCCAAGCUGACCCACCUCUUCAUGGAUCACAUGUCCCUGCAGGACAUGGCCAACACAGCUGUAUCAAAAUCCCCCAACCUCGUCCACCUGGACAUCAGCCAUAACCAGCUACGUGUGAUCCAGCCCUUGUCUGAAGGGUCACCCAAGCUGGCGCGCUUCAACCUGGCAGGGAACCCCAUCUACUGCAACUGCUACCUGCGUCCACUCAGAGAGUGGGCGAUCCGUAACAAGGUGAAGCUGAUGGGGACGUGUGGAGGACCGGCCCACCUCUCAGGAGAGAACCUGGAGGCCGUCUACCCUGCAGAGCUGCGUUGCCAGAGCCAGGAGGCCAUGCUGAAGGCAGAGUUCGAGGAAGCAACCAGGAACACCCCACCGCCCACUGAAGAGCCCGAAAACAAGGUCAAGUGUCCUGCCAACUGUGUGUGUGAGGGGGAGACACACCACUCUUCAUGUGAGAACCGCGGCCACACUAAAGUUCCUCGGGGUUUCUCUCCCAACACGCGUCUCCUGGACUUACGUGGAAACAACUUCCACUACAUUCCCAGCAACAGCUUCCCUGGUGUCGCCCAGGUCGUGUCGCUACACCUGCAGCGCUGCAAGAUCGUGGAGGUGGAGGGAGGGGCCUUCAGUGGGAUGAAGGGGCUCAUAUACCUUUACCUGUCUGAGAAUGACCUCACCUCUCUCAGCCCUGACGCCUUUAAAGGUUUACCUCAGCUCACUUACCUCCACCUGGAGAAGAACCGCUUCACCAGCUUCCCUAAAGGGGCCUUCAAACUGGUGCCCGGUCUGCUGGCACUUCACCUGGAGAACAAUGCCGUCACCAAGCUGGAGCCAGGUAUCUUGAGCGGGGCUGAGAGCCUCAGAGCCCUCUACCUCACCGGGAACGCCAUUGAACACGUGUCACCCAGAGCUCUGGACCAGGCCAGUGAUCUUGAUACGCUCCACCUGGGAGGAAACAAGCUGAAGGAGGUUCCUACUGAAGCUCUGAGCAAGGCGGGGAACCUCAGAGACCUCAGGCUGUCUGGGAAUUCAAUCCGCUGGGUGGGGCCAAAUGCCUUUCAUCCUCUGGAGGGGUCACUGAAGGAGCUCUAUCUGGACAACAUGGGACUGGAGAAAAUGUCGCAGAACUCCCUGGCAGGACUGGGUCCAGGGCUAAGGAGUCUAUUCCUGGAGGGAAACCAGCUGGAGGAGGUACCUGACCUCCAUCCACUCACUUCUCUGGAGGUCAUCAACCUGGCUGACAACCCUCUGAUGUGUGACUGCCCUCUGCUGCCACUGCGCAUGUGGAUUGAGAAGGUUAACCUAAAGGUACGAGCCACCUGUGCUAACCCUCCUGAACUGAGGGGUCGAAGGGUCAAGGAUGUCCACGUUUUCAAAGCCUGCCCCGGGGGAGAGAGUCUCCCCGCCGCCCCGACCGUCACCCCAAAGCCAGCCAAGGCCCCCAAAGCAACCAAACCCAAACCGAUGCACCUCAACGGCCUUCGGCAGGUCAAAAUGCUCAAAGCCAAAUCCAAGCUUCGCAAGAGUCCAAACACGAAACAGGGAGCAGCAAAGAAAACCUCCAAAACCACAAAGAGACGCAGCAUGCCUUAAACCUGCUGCAUUUUGGUGCCACAUCUGACUUCGGUGCUGCUUUCAGACCAGAACUACCAGUAAACUGACAAAGAUUUUCAGGUUAAACAUCUAGUUGAACUCUCUGAUCAUAAAACCUGCCAGCUAUGAAAUCUUUCGCUGCUGAGGCUGUGCUGUAUUUUACACAUCUUGCCAGUUUUCAUUCACACCAUUUAUCAGCCAGAUAUUUACAGUAUUUCCUACUGCUGUCUAGUCAGUACAGUGUUGACCUUUUUCUAGUUACAUCCCCAGCUAUGUAACGCUGGUUAAACUCAGGGCUUUGAGCUCCUGAGCGGCUUCAGUUGAAGUUUUGCAUCUUUAAAGAGAUAAAUGAAGUCAAUGUCAUGACAACAAAUCCUGCUGUUAUUCAAUCGGGUGAAUGAUAGGCUCUUGAGCUUAACGCUAGAUUUAAACCACUACGUCACAACUUCGAGUCCAAUCUGUAAAGAAUCAUCAAAUCAGCUAAUUUAGAAAACAGUAUUUUUUUUAAUCACUGGAUGCUCAUUGACAAACCAUCUCGAUGUAAAACUGGAAAUAAAAUAAACCAAUACAACAAACACUGGCUGAUGUCGUUACAACACAAGACUGUCAGAGUCACAUUUACAGAUUUGACAUUAGACGCAUUAAACUCAACUGAAAUGAGAGAAGUAGAAAACAGUGACUUCUACAUAUUCUAUAAUAUAAUAGUGUCGUUGAAGAGGUAGUUUUGAAACUGUCAAAGCUGGUCUUCGUGAGCAAUAUAUCAGGUUUUAAGGUAUAAUAUUUAAGGUUGAAUUCUGUUUUUGAUGCCAUCUAUAGGCAACAUUUUUAUGCAUCAUAUUCAACUGGUGAUUCUAAAUUGUCCGUAGGUGUAAAUGUGAGUGUGCUUGAUUGUCUGUCUCUAA